AUGCCUCGCUUUCACCGUCGUGAGCAGCUCCCGCUCCAUAUUAAGCGCGCUAUUUGCGCGCAUCACGUGGAGCACCCUCGCCUGCGUCAUGUUGACCUGGCGAGGUGGUGCUUCUCCCAGUACAAACUGCGCCCGGACCGCUCCACCGUCGGGCGCAUUCUGAAGUACGCCGAGCGCUGGGUUGUCGUGGCGACGGGCGACAACCAAGUGCGCUGCCGAGGCGACGCAUGGCCUGAGCUGGAGCAGGCCAUGGCGCGUUGGAUCGCAAACGCUGAGCUCGCUGGCGUCCCUCUGACGCUGCAGACAAUCCGCGACCAUGUCGCCACCAUGGCGCGGAACAUGGGCAUUCCGCCCACAUUUCGCUGCUCAAUCGGCUGGGUGCGCCGUGCGUUGCGGCGCCAGGGGGUGAGGUGCCGUGCCUCAGCCGGCGAGGCGGCCACCGCUGACAUGGCCGCCGUGCGCGAAGCCCAGGCUAAGCUGCCGCAACUUCUCAAUUACCUCGGCCUCAGCCCGUGCGACACAUUCAACCUGGACGAGACCGCGCUCUGGUUGUCCGUGCUGCCGAGGCGAACGUACAGCAAUGGUCGCAUUCCAGGGCGCAAAGUGUCGAAGGAGCGUCUGACCAUGGCGUUCCUCGUCAAUGCGGACGGGAGCCACGCGUUCCGCCCGCUAGUCAUCAGCAAGGCGAAGCGACCGCACGAUUUCCGGCUGGAUUACGAUCCCGAAGCCCUAUGCUACUGGCGUCACAAUGCCAAAGGUUGGAUGACAGCACCGCUCAAUGCUGCAAUGUACGCGGAAGGAUGCCACAUCGCCGUUUUGCUUGACAACGCGAGCUCGCACAUGCUACGAAGCGAGCACGCGUGGAGCGAGAUUGUUUGCGGCAUGAGGACGACUUGCCUGAGCAAAGUCCAUCUCGUCUUCCUGCCGCCGAACACCACUGCCUUCACCCAUCCCCUUGACCAGGGCAUAAUUGCCACCGCAAAAGCCCGCUACCGCCAGCACUGGCUGCGGGCCUUGACGGCUCUUUGGAACGCCGACGGGGCAACAAGCGCUGUCGCGCGGUACCGACUAAACCUGCGCGACGUGUUGGGGUGGUUGUCGGAUGCGUGGACGAGUGUCGGUGCGCGCACGAUCCAGAGGUGCUGGUGGCGCACGGGAUGUCUCCCGCUGUCGUGGUCUAUGGAGUUGACGCACGUUCACGACGACGAGCCCAUCCCUGCCGUUUAUCCUGACAUUGAGCUCGAUGACGACAUCGACGAUGUUGGCACGCUCAUCAGUGGGCUCGGCCUUGGCAACGGCACGAUGACGGCCGCCGAGUACGUCGCCAUCGACGACGCCAAGCCGACGUGCGCCGAACGCGCGGCGGAACAGACGACGGCGGAGGCAGAGGCGGGCCUGGUGGUGGAGCUCUAG